AUGGCGAAGUUUAUCUUCUUCUCUGCGAGCGACUUGAUCCAUGCGCUACUCAAUCUAGGACAGAAAUCAAAACACGAAACAUACCAGGGUUGCUCUUUGGUGCUCGUCACCACUAUGCACAGAACGGCCGACUUUAGAAGCUACUUUGUGGAUCCAGCCAGAAUCCCGUCGUCAAACAGGAACAAAAACACAACCACUUCAUACGCUCCUCCAUAUUGGAAGAGUCUCAUAUUCCACUUUCAUCCUUAG